AUGGCUGACCAAUCCACCACUGACCUGAAAUAUGGUCACUUUGGUGAAAUCAUUUACAAUGCCGAAGACCAAGCCUGGUUGUUCCCGAGGAAUGUCGAGCCUUCGCCAACCUUACAGCCCCUCGGCACAUCGCAGCUCGUCUUCAAAUCGCACCACUCCCAAGCCCGAGUAGACCCUGCUACCACGGAUAAACCGAGCGUUCACCUGAACCGCCAGCUUACUGAGCUCCUCCGUUUCGAUCCGACCACCGCUCCGGGCGCCCAUCUCCUUAUAGAGCCUGCCGUUGUGUCGCAAGAGAUUCAGAAGACUGUCCUUCGCCAUGAUCCGAUCGCUGGCCAUCUGUUGGCUUUUGGUCGUGUACCUGAUCUUGCUAUAAAGCGAUCUAUGCCCAUUGUGGCCUUUCCUGCUGCGGAUCAUGCCCACGUUCUGCGCCUUGUUCAAGUUCAGCCUCAGAAACACGGAUGGGAGCGGAACAAAUCUGUAUGGAUCGAUGUACCUAAAAUAUCUGGCGAAUCCGGAACCUGGCAUGCUCCUCAUCCCAUUCGUCAGAUCUGUUUUGCAGAUACCGAUGAGGACUCGAAUCUUGCCCGCACUCUGGCCGUCCGCACCACUAUCGCUGUUCAUAUCCUGCGAAUUGCUGCAAGAAAACAUGCCUCAUCAUGGGAUUCUCUUGCUGGUACACCAUCUCGCUUUCACACAGAACAGUUGUGUACUCUGGAUCUAAAUCUAUUUGGGGGUCUGGCUCCCGCUCAUGUGGCCUUCAACCAUUGGUAUCCCAAGCAAUUCGUCACUGUCGACCAAUAUGGUACCUGGCACGUCUGGGACUCGAGUCUCAGACAGAUUCCUUCUGAACAUGGUAAACCGAUCGAGCUUUGCCGUGGCGCUACCAAUGACCAAGUUAUACCCGAUCAUGAAACUACUGCUAGUCUAUUGGACGACGGCUGGGGCAGAGCGAUAUGGGCUGGCAACGUGCAGACCAUUAUUACUGCCAGCAGGAGGUGCUUGGGCAUCUAUGAUAUCCAAGGGAAACCUGUCAGACUCCAAUCUCCCAAUCUUGACAUUGCUGGAACUCCGCACUGGAUUCUCGAUAUCAUGCUCAACCCACUGGAUCCAACUCUCAUAUUCGUUCUGACCUCAAUUUCAUUGUUCUGCUUACGUGUGCGCUGCCUGGACGAAUUUGACCCAGAGAGUUACAACACCGCUGGUGCCGAGAUUGUAUUACAAUGUAGGCAUUUCAGGGACUCGGAAGAUAUGGGACUUGGUCUGUCAAACUUUGUCGAUGAUACGGAUGUCGUUGUGUUCAUAAAAUCUUCCUUGAGCCCACUCGCAACGAGUUAUCGCUUCACGCCAGACGAGUUUUCUCCUCAAUUUUUGAGAAUCGCAGAUGCUACUCAAUUUGUUCUGCCAGAACUCCCUUAUGUUGCGACUGCUUCACCUGCAGCUCUGACUUUCCAGAUUCAGCCUGUGCAGUAUGGAGAGAGCGUACACCACGAACAACCAUCUGGCCCUGGAAAGAUUUAUCAAGAUUCUUCCGUCAGAUUCUUCGUUACGACCGCUAUCACAAGCGAUAUGGCUGUCGUGCAAAAACUGUAUUAUGCGUUUCCAAGCACUGUUGUUGGGUCGUCACUGCCAAAAGUCUUGGCCCCUGAUUGGCACGGAAGACUUGUGCAUAGUCGCCCACGGUUACAAGAGAGUGGUUUUAUUGAACAAUCGAAGGCCGAUCAAGGGCUAGUGAGUACCCGAGAAGAGCAAGAUGAAACAGCAAUCUCGAACGUCGAUACGUUGAAGUCAACACGAGACAACUGGGCCAUGGUAUACGAACUUGCCCAUGCCCGAACAAUCAGCGCAGCUUCGCAAACAGAGGACUUCUCGCGUAUGCUCAUACGAGUGGAUCAAGCACUCAAGGCGUCUGAGGCUUUUGAGACUGGUCACACACUAUUGUCAGAAAUCUGCGAUAACCAAAUCCUGAUACCUGACAUUGAUCAAGCUGCUACAGAGUUUGACAACAUGGUUUCUUCUAGGUCACAGCGUGGAGAAGACAUGCAAGAAAAUGACCAGAGAUUACAACUUGCGCGCGUUAGCAGCAACAAUGCUCUGGAUCUUGGUCUCAAGAGCGAUAUGGAUUUAACGGCUGUCUACGACACCAUCAUAGCGCAUUGGCUGACACCACUUUCUCAAACGGUGCCUGGAAGAGUGCGACUUGUCAAGGAACAACUAGCGCGAAGAAUUGCAGCUGAGAUAUGUCUCGCAAGCCACGUUCUCAGACAGCCUCCAGUGGAGCCAAGUGAAGAGGGGACAACAGCAGAGACGCAGGCUACAGAGGACGACUUUUCCUCACAAAGGAACUUUCCCCAAUCGUCUCUUCCAACACCAUCACCAACAGCAACACCAUCAUUGACUACUGUCACGUCCUUGUCCAGUCACCCGUCGACUUUAGUGUCGUCUGAAUUUGCGCGUCUCCAACGGUACACCACGUUCUCGACAGAGAAACCUACUCCCGCGCCCCUACCUAAAGGUCUCAGCAACACGCUUGCGCAUUGGGCCCUUGGCGGCAAUCCUGAUGAAUACGAUUGGCUUGCGGUUCAGCGAGAGCAGGAGAAGAGGGCCGAGGAAGAAGACGAGGACCUGACACCAAAAGAGCGAGCGAGGUUGAAGCGCCGUGCCGAGAAGAUGCUGCUGAAGCAAAGGCGCGAAUCGCAGAAAGCAUCUGCUAUGGAUCUCGCGAGCAGCCAAGCUCCCGGCAUCAUAAGUGCGAGUCAGCCUGCAUUCGCGACACCUUCUAGAAGCGAAGCACCGAAUAUCCCUCAGUCUGCCAGGGCAGCAAGUCAAGGCACGCAGUUGCUAGCGAGCUCCCAGGCUCAGCCAAACAUGUUCACUAGCCAAGUGCAGCCAGGGCGGUUCGGUGGAAAACCGGCAAAGAAGAAGCGAAAGGUUGGGUUCUAG